AUGUCAAAAUUAAUCGUUGUGGUUGGGUCUUGCAUGGUCGAUUUUAUAAGCAAUGUUGAACGUCUACCUAAAGCUGGAGAAACCGUACUUGGCAAAGAAUUUAAAAGAUCUUGGGGAGGCAAGGGAGCAAACCAAUGUGUUGCUGCUGCUAAGCUUGGAGCAUCAACUAUGCUGAUUGCUUCUCUGGGAUCGGAUAUUUUUGGAGAAGAAUAUUUUCAAGCUCUUAAGUCAUUUAAUAUCGAUACAAAAUAUAUAAAACUACGAAAAGAUAUUAGUAGUGGAGUUGCUCAAAUUAUUGUUGAUGAUAAUGGUGAUAAUAAGAUUGUAAUUGUUCCUGGUGCAAAUACAUUGCUGAGUCCUGCAGAUGUUGAUGAAGCAGAAGAUACUGUCAGAAAGGCAGCUGUCCUUUUAGCUCAAUUUGAAACUUCUCUAGAGACUACUCUGCGUGCUUUGGAGCUUCAUAAAGGCCAUGGAAUUUCCAUAGUAAAUGGAGCACCUGCUGUAGCAAAUCCUGACUUGAAUGUUCUAAAAAAUUGUGAUAUAUUUUGUAUUAAUGAGACUGAGGCUGAAGUUAUGAGUGGAAUCGAACCACUGACGUUAAAAAAUACGCAAGAAGCUUUGGAUAAAUUUUUUAAGCUGGGCUGUAAUACUGUAAUAAUCACUCUUGGUGCUGAAGGAGCUGUGUUUGCAUCUCGUGAUAAUCCAAAAAUGGUUCAUGUUCCUGUUGAAAAAGUAAAACCUGUUGAUACCACUGGCGCUGGAGAUGCAUUUUUAGGUGCCCUAGCAUACUUUAUAGCUUAUCAUCCAAGUUUAACGUUAAAAGAACAAAUUAGAAGAGCUUGUCAUGUUGCUAAAGAAAGUGUUUUGAAAGCUGCAACUCAGGCGAGUUUUCCAAUGAAAGAAGAACUGUCAAAAGAAUUAUUUUUAUAG